AAUUUAUGAGUGUUCCAAGUCGUACAUUCAUAUUGAAGAAUGGUUUGCAAUUUACGAUUGAGACAAAGAAAUUGCAAGGAGAAAAAAAUUUUUCAAAACAACCAUCCAAAGAUGAAAUUGAGAAAAAAUUUAAUGAAUGGCUUAAUCAAGUAUCAAUUUUAUGAUUGUAAGAUUUGCUUGGACUAAAAAGAAUUAGAGCAAAUAAAACAGCUUGAACACAAAUAUAAGUUUAGAAUAUGCUAAUUAUACAAUAACUUUUUGACGAUAUAAAAGAACAAUUUAGUAAAUGAGGAAACUAAAAUGAAAAAAAUCCUGGAAGACACUAAGCAUAUCUUAAUUAAAUUUGUUCAGGAUAAUUCUGAUCUUCAUCUCAAUUGUACGAUUAUUAGUAUAUAUUACAGCCUUACUAAAUAACUUAAAGGAUUAAUAAUAACAAUAGUAUGUCAAUGAAAAGCUGUAAUUAAUUAAGUAAUACCUUCUUGUGCAGAAAUUAUUGCUGAAAUUGAAACAGUUGGAGGAAUAAUCAAGAAUAUAGAAAAAUUUUAGGGAAUAAACUACCAUCUUAGAAUUUUUUGAAUUCCUCCUGUAGUUUAAGAUUGGGAGAGACUGCUUAAUGGUAGAUGGUUUCUUUGGAGUGUUGUUUAGUAAUUUUCAUCCAAUCGAAACGAAAAUUACAGGAAUUACCCUGAAGAUAUUGUCUGGAAGCAAAGGACUAAGUUGGUAACCUGGAUGUGUCUAAGAAAUUUUGGAAGCGAUGCAUAAGUUUCAGAAAACAUACUAAUUAUAAAACAGGUUCAAUUUAAAAUUUAAAAUUUAGAUUCGAUAUAUUGGUUAGAACCAUCUAUGCCUCUAAGAAUUUACUAAUGGUAUUUUUAAUUGUUAAAUUCUUAUUCAAAUUUCUGUAUUCUUUGGACAAUGAAAUAGUUGAUGAUGUUGUUAAAGAAUUUUUUGAUUGCAAGGUUAACGACAAAAAAGUAAACGAAAUAUUUCGUUUGGUUCAAGGCAGAAUAUAAAAGAAGUUAUAUUAAAAAGAAGAUUGCACAUACGAAUCUGUGAGAAAAGAGCUUAAAAAGUUUUAACAUCCCUUGGCAUCCGAUGGAAACGAAUAAUUACUAACGAAUAGAUUUAAAACAUAAGACAUGAAUAUCCCUGAAAAAAUCAAUAUAUAGGAAGUAGUGUCCGAGAUUAUUUAAACUGAAUCUUUGAAUUAGGACUUUAAAAAUGAUCAAUACUAUUAUUUUGAGUAUGGUUAAGAUUCAAUCUUCUAUGGAAUUUAAAGAGAUGUCUUAGAGUGGAUAAAUGCUAUUCUUAACAUUUACUCCUUGUUAGACAAUAAUUAAGAUUCAUUUCUGAAAGCUGCUAGUGAAAUUUAGGUUACUGAUUUUUAUUAUGAUAAUAAUUCAACCUAAUUAUCAGAUCCCUUUAUAGAAUUAGCACCAAAUGAUAGAGGGUCCAGCUUUGAUUCACCUACUAAAAUUAUCAAAUAAAUUGAUUCUUCAAAGCAUUCUGAAAAUUAACUCACUUCAUAAUAAGAUGAGCUCAUUGCAGAAUUAGAAGAUUAUAAGAAGUAGCUUCAAAGUGAAAAGGAGCUAUGUUCAGAAAAAGAACUAGAAUUAAAGGCUCUUCAAGAUGAAAAUGCACUAUACAAAGCUCAAAAUCAGGAACUUAAAAAAUCUAUAGAUAAAUCUAAAGAAAUGAUAACAGAUUUAUAAAAAAAGAUCUCAAAGCUUGAAUAAAAGUAAAUCUUCAAUUAAAAUAACGAUAUCAAAAAUUAAUUAAACAAUUAUCAAAAAAUAUAAGAACAAUAGAUUUUAUAGGCUUCAGUUUUGGUAGCAUUCAAUUUCAAAAAAUAACUUUAAAAUACAUUUGUAUAAACUGAAAACUAGCCUUAAGAGUUAGAAAAAAGCAAUUAAAAUUAGAAUUUAAUUACUCAAGCUUCUCCCCAAUAAGUUCAAAAUGAAGCAACCACUUUAUUACCUCCUCCACCAUCCCUACCUAAAACUUAAUCUCCACCACCUCCACCUCCUCCUCCACCACCACUUCCUCCUUCAAAGAACGGAGCUCCUCCUCCCCCUCCUCCACCACCACCACCACCUCCAUCAAAAAACGGAGCUCCUCCUCCUCCACCUCCACCUCCACCACCUCCAUAAAAAAUUGGAGCUCCUCCACCCCCUCCACCAUUAAAUGGAGUUCCUCCUCCUCCUCCACCUCCUCCUAAGAUUGGUGGAGCUCCUCCUCCACCACCUUCAUUUGGAAAUAAUCAAUAAUAAGCAUCAAACUAAAUUGUUUAAUAACUUCCAUAAGUACCUAUUCGUAAUUUGAAUUGGAUAGUAAUAAAUACAUAGAGUUAAAAUAAUUCUAUUUUUUAAUAAAUAUCAAAUAGAGUUGAAGAAAUUGAUAUAGAUUUUUUAUUAUUAGAAAAGAACUUCAAUAAAGUUUAACCAAAAGAUCUAAAUAUGAAAUAAUCUGCUGCUUAAUCAAAUAUUGCGAAAAUUACUCUUUUGUCUUCUGAAAGAUCUAAGAAUAUUGAAUUGGUUCUAGGAAAAUUAAAGCUCCCAAAUACUCUAAUAAUAAAGCUAUUAAAAUCAUUUGAUGUAUAAAUUUUAACACCUGCCAUUAUUGAAAGUCUAGAUGGAAUUUGCCCAACUGAGGAAGAAGUAAAGUGUUUAGCUGAAUAUACUGGCGAAAAAGAUUAAUUAGGCAAUUCUGAAUUAUUUGUGGAUGCAAUAAGAACAGUUAAUGGAUUUCAACACAGAUUAAAGGCAAUCAAAUUUAAAAUAGGUUUUCAAGAGUAGGUUGUAGAUUUGAAGAAAAAGAUUGCCAUUCUUGAUUAGAGUUUCUUAAGGGUCAGAGAAAUGCCAGAGAUUGAAACCCUAUUUUAGGUAGUGCUAAAAAUUGGUAACUUUUUAAAUGGUAAAUAUUUUUCAUAACAUUAGCAUCUACAAGCAAAGGUAAUGCACAAGGGUUUAGAAUAGAUACAAUAGAAAAAUGUGCAGAUAUGAAAACAACUGAUGCAUAAGAGAACUUACUUUAUUAUGUGAUAGAUUUAUCAGAAAAUAUACUGAAGAAAUAGAUAAUAGAUGAAUAAAGUAAUAAAUAAAUAAUAUAAAGCAUAGUUAUUUAGAGUUUGGAACCGAUUGAAAAAUUAUCAAUAUCACAAUUAUAAGCUGAUUUAACUGAUUUUAAAAAAGGGUUAAAUGUUGUAACAAAAGCAAUAGAAUAUUAAACAGAAGACUAAGAGGAUUAAGUUAAAGCAUUUCUAUAGCCAGUGUAGGAGGAAAUUAAAACAAAUAUUGCUAUUAUAGAAUAAUAAUUAGUUUAAUUGGAGGAUAAUUACAAAAAAAGUGCUGCUUACUUUUGUGAGAAUUAAAAAGAUUCCUCUGAAAAGUUUGGAGAAAAAAUACUUAAGAUGCUGAGAUGCUUAUUGAAAAAUAAAAAGGAGAAGGUUCAAAAGGAGGAAAGAAAAAAAAAGUAAUCAGAAUUGCUUUUAAAAUAACAAUCAAAAGUAAUGGCAUAGUCUAGUUCAAAAGUAAAACCUUAACAACUGUCAGCCCAAUCUGUAACACUUGCAUCUGCAGGAAAUUCUAACUAAAGCACUCCAAAUGUGAGUGCUUUUAAAUUAGGAAAUCAAAAUGAAAUAUAAGCUAAAUAAUUUGGAAUUUGCAAAGAAAUCUAGGAGUUAAGAUUAAUGAGGUAAACUAAACUCACUAAUUCGAUUGUCUAAAAUGAAGCUGAAAAUACACCAAGUAAAUAGGAGUGA